GCUAUACGGAGUAAGGAUAGUAGUUUUAUCAGCUGUAUAAACUUGGACAUGCAGCAGCACCAGCAACGCGCAGAACAAUUGUCGACGCCGUCGGCGGUCUGCCCGCGCUCGCACCGAACGCGCGCGGCGUUGGCGACUAUUGCCGGUGCUUCUGGGGGUGGCUCGGAGGGGUGGCACACCGAUAUGGCAGCCUAGGCAAAUCUAGGGGAAUCGUGUGAGGCGAAACCGGACGCCGACUUUUCGAACGCGUACAAGAUAGCGGCCCAGAUCCAGAAGACUGGCCAGUGUCCUGAGUGGCUAUACUUAAAUCAGGACGAAACUUAUGUAUUCUAGUGCAACACUACCAAGCGCCAAUGAAGUGAUUUGCCUGAAUUGACAGUGUGACACGUAUACUGUUCCAGGUUUCACAUAGUCGAAUUUGUGGACGAGGGCAGCACUUAUGUGGUUCCCACAAUCUGGGUACAAGGAACAAAGGAAAACGCGACAUGCUUCUGGCCUCCCACGACCAAGAAGAGUGAAGUUGACCGCAUGAUUAUCGGGAUGUCUGAAGUGGAGGAGAGCUGGCUGCAAUACAAGUCCAGAAUUCUUGCCACUAAAAGCACAUACAAGCGAGCCAAAGAAUUCCUGCCCUAUGCCUUGGUGCAAUCAAACCUGGACACAGAAGAUUCAGAGGCUGCAAAGAAAGCACGCCGCAAGAGGAAAAGAAAAGUUAUUUUAGAAAGUGAUAGCGAAGAUUCGAGUAGUGUCCAGAGCUCCUUCACGCAAGAUGCUACGGGAUCAGUUCAAUUUGAAAACGAUGGACAUGUGGAGACCCAAAGCACACUUUCCCGGACAACAACCCAGUACAACUACACACCAGGCAUACAGAGGCAAGCAAUGCGACCAGCAUUCAAUGACAUGCACCACAGGUCUGUUGUGCCAAGCAGAGAAGAGCACCCAGCAAGACUGAACACCAGAGUAAACAGGCCAUUGUGCGAUGCAAGGCAGAGCCAUGUGGAAAACAGUAAUUCACAUCACUUUGAACCAGUGCCUUCGACAGCAAACGUUAGUCGACAAAUUGAAAGGCUGGGUGAGCGGUUUGCUGCGUUUGAAAGAAAAGCGUUUGAAAACCAAAUGGCCAUUUUGGCCGAACUUCGAAGCAUCAGAGCAAUAAUUACCUCUUCGAAAGCAACACCAACACUGAAGAUUCCAGAGGAUUGCCCGAUAUUACCUGCACCAAAUGCUGAUGCAGUAUAUGCAUUGGAAGAGUACCUUUCGACAGAAGGCAACUCUGGAAAACUAGUCACCUACUUCUCUAGAUAUGGCGGAACGGACAUUCCCGACGCAGUACGGAGACUUCUUCGGGCCCUCCUCACAAAAGAAGCAGCUCUAAAAUUUAGCUGGAAAGGCUCUGCAGGGAAGAAGAUGGCAUUUUCUGCCCUAACAAACAUCAACAACAUGAUACAUGGUCAAUUCUUUUCUUUUUUAUGCAACGUUUGAAGCUUAUAGGUAGCUGGUAACCUAGCAAUUGUAGUAUGAAACCAUCACCAUCUAAAGAGAACCAGCAAACAUGAGUUGUUAUUCUUUACAUGUGCGCUAACAAUCACAUGAUUUAAAAAAAAAAUGUCACGAGAAAAGACAAGUGGUCUAUUCAGAAAAAUUCCUGCACUGCAGAUAGGUAAACACCAUUUUGUCCCAUACCAAUGGGACAAAAUGGUACACCAAUGCCAUACAAAUACCAUACAAAUACCAAUGGUUAGUUUCUCAACGUAUUUCUUUAUUUAACUCUUUGCUCCACAGCUGGCAUGUCAUUCUAAACAUUUACUAGAUUAAACUUUAGCCAGUGUCUUGAUUCCAGUACCUGCCAUCUACGGCUUGAGCAUUGUUAUACAUUCGGGCAUUAAUAUGCUACAAGAUGCAGUAAGUAAUUAAGUUGAUGUCAAGUGCAUAUAUUUGUACUGAUAUGGGUGUCAGUAUCUAGCA